AUGAUUAAUCUAUUUCAUUUGUUUAUAUUCUCAUCAUUUUCCAAUUCUGCUCCAAACCACCGUUACACCACCACCACCACCACCACGUUUCCAUCCCGACCAACACAUGAACACAACCACAUUGCUACAAUACUAGUACUCGCUCAAGAACCACCAGCAGAUUGUGUAUUACCUCAAGAUCGAGCCUUCUUACUGACCACCUUGCACGACUUUAAGUUUUCUCCGAAUCUGUAUGGAACCUGGCGAUUGAAAUACUCAAACGAUUCUACGACCAUUUUCACUUCUCCAUCAUCAUCGAAUAUUAUUACAAGUUCAGAAUCGUCAUCAUUGGAUGAAUCCACCAAUGCUCGGACAACAACAACACGUUUAGUACCAUGUCCUGAUCUCUUUGAAAUUACAACCAUCUCAGUGAGUGCAACCGUGGAUCGGAUGACCUACUUUGCCGUUUCCAUUGAUAUCUUGCACAAUCAAACCGAAUUUGAGAGUCAUUUGUGGGGAGUGUCGUAUCAGCCUCAAUUUCGAACCAUUUUCUUUGAGCUUUUUGCUUUCUCCAACAUCACUCGAGUUAUUGCUCAAUCGGGACAUUCUUCUUAUCAUGUCGAGAUGAUCAAUCAACAUUUAGUUUCAAAUGAAACACUCCCUGAUGGUUCCUAUAAGAGUCUACUCUCGGGCUCACAAGUCUACAUGAAACCAUUAUUGAUGAGAAAAAAGUUUUACGGAUUUGAAUAUACGGUUGAAAUGAAAUUACAAGAUUUAUUUCACAUGUUCAAUGAGAGUGCAGAGAUGCAUCAAGUGAAUGACGAUGAUGAUAAGAUCCUCUCACCUCCACCACCUUCAAUACAGACCUUUCUGACCUCUCUAAGCAGCUCGUCCAACCAUUCUUCUUCAAGUGUGAAUGUGACUCAUGCAGAAUCUAUUUUCAAGUUGAAAAUGUUGGUCUCUAAAUAUGAUUUACCAUUUGCUUUUCCUCUCAUGAUCCAACAACCUUUAGGAACAAAUUCCAUACUUUUUUGUUCUGAGAUUUCACUGAAUACUAUUGAUCAAACAACAUUACCAGAUUUGGAUUUUCAAAAGUCUCUCAUUCAGGCACAUCAUGCCAUCUCAACAGUCAUUGUGAUCAUUAAUGCAACACUGAGUAUCAUUGUAUUGACUUUAUUAGUAAUUUUUAGAAAAACAAAACCUAGAGAAUCUCGUGGAUAUUUACCCUAUGUCAUAUUUAUUCAAAUUUUUGUCAAUUUUGUGAGAUUGUUGUUACAGACCUAUUGGGGUGACGAAUUUCUACUCAUUGUUUUUAUAUUUUCCACAUUGGUUCUAUUAUGUUUCAGUUAUCUCAUGUAUUUCUUGAAUACCUUAGUUGUCUUUUAUAAGAGAAAAGUUUACAAUGAUUGGUACAACAAGAUGAAGAGAGAAUCAAUGGACAAGCAAAAGAAACAGAAAAACAACAACACCAAUAACAACAACCAUUCAUCAUCCAAUCCAAACACACCACUUGCCAUUGCCGUUGUGAAAACCAAUGAGCAGGAUGAGACAACAACAAAUCCUUUCACUACGACAACUAUUACUCAUCGAUCAUACUCAGAUGAAAAUGAUUGUUUAAAACCUUCUCUCAAGAAUGUGGACAUUUCUGGUCAUAAUGACAAAUCGCACGAGGAGACACUACGUGGCACUUCGAUGACGACGAAGACUAUGACUACCAUUGCUUCAUCCUCUGCCAAUACUUUACAUUCAAAUUCUUCAGGGAAUUUAUUGUUACCACCUCAAUCAUUACCCUCUCAACAAGAUUCGUUACCUCACAAGGAUGUGAUCCAUUAUAAUGACAUGAUGACCACCACAGCAAUCACCUUUGGCGUUCAAGAUUCAUCCACCACAGCUUCUUUACCUCUCUCUCAACAAUUCGAUUUAACACUUGAGAAUUCUUCGAUCAUUGCGAAACAACAAGAAAAUCAUCAAGACCUUCAUCUUGGGAAUCAAGGUCAUCCGAUUAGUAGUAGAAAUCAAAGUCAUUCGAUUAGUCAAGAAAAUACAGAACUUUCCAUGUCUCAUGGACUCGGUUCACUCUGGUGGGUAAAAUCUCGUCGUGUGAAAAUUUGCAGUACCCUUUUUGUCAUUUUACUGGUGUCACUUUCUCUGGUGAUCAUCCUUCCAGUGUUGUUUCUGACCAAUGAAUCAACACUUGAAUCCACUGUAUUGAUUGUUCUUGGAUUUUAUUUUCUUGUUGCUUCUGCAAUGGCGAUUGGAGCUCUCUCUUUGGAUUUGGCAUGGAAUUGGAAACGAUUCAUCAAAAAGUGUGAAUGGAAAAAGUACUUUUUCAGAAAUGAUCCCUUGUAUUAUCGAUUGGAAUUGGUCAUUCACUUUUUUUCAAUUUUUCAAUUCAUUGCCAGUGUGGUCGUUUUGUUUACUGUGAGAGAUCGUGUGGAUAAUAUUUCACUUCUCAACAAUAAGACUUAUUCCAGUUCAGUUCCUGCUGCUACAUUUGCAUCUCUUCCAAUUGAAUUCACUGCUGUUGUUUUUGAAAUUUUAGCAUCUGGAGGUGGAUUUAUUUGUUUCAUGACUGUUUAUGAAAAGUACAAGUUAUGGUUUCAUAGUGAACAAGAACAACAACAAGAGGAGGAGAAUGAGGAGGAUAAGGAGAUGUAUGCCUCUUUUUCACAACAUGUAAUUUCUUCAAAGACCAAUCAUCAGGAAUUUCCAAAUUCGGAAUUAGAACUUGAUAAGAAUUCACCUCCAUGGAUGGUGAAAUUUAGAACAAAUAUUUAUUCUCCAAUGCUUGAACUGCUUGGGGAUGAUCUUUGCAAACUAUUUGUGGAUGAAAAAGGUUUUGAAUUAUUGAGACUCUUCUCUAAAAGUGAAUUUUCAAUGGAAAAUGUUGCUUUCAUUCAUGAUAUGGAAAAGAUUUAUACUUUACUAUUUUGUGACAUUCAUGAAUCAAGAAAGCUCAGUAGUGGAGCUUCACCUUCCAGUUUGAGUAAGAGUUGUAAACCAACUCUCAGACAAAAUCUCACACGUGAAACGAUCGAAAGAGCAAAACUGACUGUUUGUGAUGAUUUUUACAAUUUGUAUGUGAGUGAAAAUGCCAAACUUUCUGUCAACUUUUCCAAUCAAUCCAAAAUGAUUUUUAACAAGUGGAAACUCAAUGGAUGGAAUGAUGAAUAUAUCAAAUCAGAUGACUUUUUUAACGAUUUGGAUUAUGUCACAUUGGAUGUUGUGAAAAAUGUUCGAGAUACUUUUCGAAGAUUUCAAUUAACUCCAUCCUACAAGGAAUGGAAGAUGCAUUCUCGAAAGAAUAUUCAAGCUCUUAAAAGUGCUCUUCGACAAGCAAAGAAGGGUCCACUCACAUCAUUUUCUCUUAAUAAUAAUAAUGGAAAUGGAGGACAAAAUGAGGCCGAACAAAAAUUGGAAAUGAUGACAUUCCCUUCUGCCACAAGUACUUCUCCAAUGAACAACAAUAACACUAGCAACAACAACAAUAAUGAGACAACAUUAGAUGUCAAUACAGUUAAGGUCGAAUGA